GGUUUGAAAGAUGAAUUUAGAAACUUUGCUAUGUAGGAACUUUGCCAGUGUAUUUAUUUACAUUGUUUACGGCAUGGUUGUCGUGCAAAUGUCACGGAAACGAUGGAUGAUGAAGACGAGGAGGUGAUAUUUGAGGGCCAUCCUCUGGACCAAUACCUGAAAGAUAUAGGAUUCAGAGAUUAUGAAAGUGAAACUCCAAACAUUCAGAAGAGAUGCGAGAAAGUAGCUGAGAAAUGUAGCAUUUCUACAAGGAUAUUGUCCCUGUGGCAUAAAAUUGACGUAAGGAAGUAUAUUACUUCAAACUGGUGGGGAAUAAACAGAUUGGAUUUUACCACAAUUCAUGAAGUCAUAGACAUCAUCACACAAAGCAGACUACUGUCUGAGGAAGAUUUUAAUUUAAUUUCCAGUUUGGACAUUGAUAAAGAACAUCAGCGUACACUAAGUUGGCAUUUGGUGCCUUUAAGUGGGCUUGUAGGUGCAGUUACAUGGACACUGAAGAGCCCACUGCUUGUAAUAGGCCUCCCUACACUACUACUGUAUGCUGCAGUGCGCUUGGCAGGCAAACGGUAUCACAGACGCUGCUUGCAGUCCGUGGCGGCUCUUGUUGGAGCAUUGCAGGAACUGCAGACCACUUCCAAGAAGGCACUCAGACGUUUGCAGGAGAAUGAGCUGAUUGCACGAGGUUUCAUGUUCUCUGUAACAGGUAGUUCUGUUGAACGACUAGAAAAUUCAUCUCUACCAAGCCUGACACGACGAUGGCACACACUACCUGGUCUUCGUGAAGGUCUAUUGUCUGCCUUAACUGCAGCUGUGCACAGCCUUACUGAAGCGACAAGAGUUCUCGUAGAGCGAUACCCUUUGAGAGGGCAGCUGGACAGGCAGCAGUUCUACCUAGCAUUUCAAGAGUCUGAUUUCCUCAACACCAUCGGUGCUACCUGUGAAGAAGAAGGCAGCACCUCACAAGAGGUCAAAAUUGAUGUGCUAAAGGUGCUGCAGAAUUGCUAUCUUUUACUGCAGUCAGAGUUCCUUCGCCGCCUCGUUCUUACUUUCCAUCCUGAAUUGAGAGGUGAACCAUCACGUGUCAACCCAAAGAUUCUGUAUGAGCUCCUAGAAGACAUAUCAACAGUUACCAAACAACUCGAUACAGAAUAUCGAAUUUUCAGCACAUAUGGCGUGCCCAGAAGAUCACCAAGUAGUGAACCACCUGCCAGUGGUCCACCAAAAAAGCUAAAAUAUGAUGCUUUAUUUGUUUCGGUUCACAGCACCACAUUACAUCUACAAAACAUUCUGUAUCGAACUCAUGUUGUUGAAGAAUAUCUGGAAACAAGGGAAAAUCUUGAUGAUUUAAACAGUGAAUUGUCAACACCAGAUUUGCAGACUGCAUUGAAUGAUAUCCUGAAAGAGCUUGAUAUGUGCAGGAGUUGUUGUGAGCGAGGAAUAUCAUUUCUGAACACUUUAAACAAUCCAGAACCGCCAAAAAAUUUGGAAGAAGAGGAGGAUUGGCCUGCUAGAAGCCACAGUGGGAAUGAAAAUAUUAAACAAAUACAUGUUGGAAAAACAGACCUAGAUCCUGAUGUAGAAGAUGAAGUGUUUGAAGCCGUAAGCACUGCAGACUUUUUUGAUGAUGAAAUUGACUUAUAUGACAGUACUGAAUGUAGCAGAACUGAAAAACAACAACAGAAGAAUUGCUCGAAACUGAUGUUAGAUGAACUAAAAAGUAUCCUUGUUGACAAAGCAAAAGAGUGGAAAGAACGAGAGGAAAAGGCUCUCAAAAAUAAGAGAGCUAGAGAGGGCAUAUGUGAAGCAGAAAUUGUUGUUAAAGAGACUGAGUUAGCAGAUACAGUGGCUUUAAAGGCUGAAAUUUCUGAUAGUCAGAGCAGACCAGUGGAAGAGGCUGAGUUAGCAGAUACAGUGGCUUUAAAAACUGAAACUUCUGUUGACCAGAGCAGACCAGUUGAAGAAGGGGUCAAGGAUGUGUGUGUGUCUGACCCUGUGUUUGAAGAAUGUCAGCAAGCUAACAGCGGAGUUUGUUAUGAAGACAAUUCCUCAUUCACAAGUGAAGGGGCCGACAGGGACGUUAUUCAUAGAAGAAUAGUAGGUUCAGAAAAUGGAAAAACUGACAGUAACAUUGAAUACUCAGAAAAUUAUAAUGUGCGUGACAUCAGUGUGUUUAAGGUUGGACUUUCUUCUCCUUAUGGGUUGCAGUCAACACCUUUAUCACAUAGAUUCAUGGUGAAAGACUCGGAAACCUUUUGUGGGACUGGGGAACACUCCAGCAGUGAAGAUAGUGAUAAUGCCUAGGCUGUUACUUUCACAAAUGAAGCUGAACAUAUGUUACUACACUGCUCAACUUGGAUUUUGACAAUAUGAUGGCUCAGGAGUACAGUAAAAAUACAUAUGCUCAGUUUUGAAUGGUUGCCAUCAUAAAUACUUUUAAAUCGUUAUCACAAUGAAAUGGUUUCAUUGUGGUAUUUUUUUAAUGUCUUAGCUGUUGUUAUUUGUUUGUCAGGUUGCAAAUUUACAACAGCUUAUAAUACAUUUCCAACAGUUCACAAUAAUGUUUUGGCAGUCCAAAAUAAAUUUGCAACUGGUUACAAUCAGACAGCUCACAAUAAAGUCCACCAUUUACAUGCACUUUCAUACUCUCAGGAGUGUGUGUUGUGUGUUGGUCUCUGUAAAUCUCGGUGUUCCUUUAUGGUUCCUUCUUAUCAGUGCAACUCUUUGUUCCUUUUUGUUGACAGCAUGUUUCAUGAAGCAGCUUAACUGUUCACACUAUGUAUAGUUUGUUCCUGACGUCCUAAUGGAGUCAUUAGGUGUGUGUGACAAGUGGAGAAAGCAACUUGGUGACCAGAUAGAGGUACUUUUGUGACAAGUCCACCAAUUAAAAAAGAAGUAUAUUUACUGUGUGUCACGUGUGGUAGAAUGUCGAGAGGUUCCCUCAUGCUGAAAGUACAUUGUGACCAGUGGAAUUACAGUUGUCCAUCUAAAGAGGUAGCAAUCAUAUUCUGUAAUUUGUUCUCACAAAAUAACAGGCCCUAUGGACACUACACUGAUCUUGCCACACUGCACACUUAUAAAGAAAUGAACAUGGAAAUUUACUUUUAUUUGUACUAUGUUGGUUGUCGUGCAGCUAUCAGUUAUUAUUAUCCUGUAAAUGAGGCUUCAUCAGACAGAAGUACAGCAUGACUGGUAUUUCACCUGUGGGAAAGUUCCUGCUGCUCAGCACUGUCUUCAGUGAGGUGUUGCAUGUGCUGUAGGUGAAACAUGUACAAUGUACAAAUUUUCUGCAUGUAAUGGUCCCCAUGAAAGUGAUAUUAGAACAUUGUGACAUGCAGAAACUUGUCACAUGCCAAUUAUAUGACUACAAUAAAUUAUAUUUAUGAUGUA